AUGGCGACCGAUCAAAGGGAAGAGAGAUCUUUGGACGAGACCAAGGAUUUAUCAUCAGAAGAUGAUGUUAGUAAAGAAGUUAAAGAGGAAAAGAUGAAUAAAAUGGAAAUAACAGCUGAAAAAGAGGCUUUACUUACUGAUGAUGAAAAGCAGGAGCAAAAACGCCUAGCAUUAGAAUGGAAAAGUAAGGGUAAUGCCGCUUUCGAGAUACAAGAUUAUAAAGAUGCAAUCGAAUGCUAUUCGGAGGCAAUUUACAAAUGUCUCCCCUCAAUGAUAUCGGAUAGGGCUAUCUUUUAUAGUAAUAGGGCUGCUUGUUAUAUGAAAUUAUCUAGACAUGAAGAAGCUCUGAAUGAUUGCAACGCAGCGCUAGAUUUGAAUCCAGAUUAUGUAAAAGUACUACUUAGGCGAGCUCAAACAUACGAAGCAUUGGACAAAUUAGAUGAAGCAUUACAAGAUUACCAAAGCGUGGCGAAUAAAGAUUCUAGCAAUAAAAUGGCAAGGGAAGCAGUCAUGAGAUUACCUAAUGAAAUUAAGGAAAGAAAUGAACGUUUAAAAGAUGAAAUGAUAGGAAAAUUGAAAGAUUUAGGUAAUAUGAUCCUGAACCCAUUUGGCCUAUCAACUGACAAUUUUAAAUUGAAUAAAGAUCCGACUACAGACUCUUACAGCGUAAAAUUUGAAAAGUAA